AUGUCAAUUCCCACGCCACAAUAUCGUCUACAAGCGAUCCGGGCUCACGACAUCUAUGAGCCAGCCGAGGACACGUUCUUGUUGAUUGAUGCCAUCGAAAAGGAUAUCAAGGAAAUCCGUUCGCGCCAACCAAAACUGGUUCUAGAAAUCGGCUGUGGCUCGGGCGUCGUCUCGACGUUCGUCAAUCAGGCGUUGGGCGGAAACGUGACGUCGGUGGCGACGGAUUUGAAUCCGCACGCGUUGGAUGUGACACUGGAGACCGCCAAGUUGAACGACAUCAAAAUCGAUGUGGUACGCACGGAUUUGUUUGCUGGAUUAGAGAAUCUGGUUGGAAAGGUUGACGUGCUGCUCUUCAAUCCACCGUACGUGCCAACCGAAGAGGAGCCAAAGUCUAACAUCGAGUUGACCUACGCGGGCGGUCGAACCGGUCGGUCGACCCUCGACCGUUUGCUGCCACGUGUCCCGGAGUUACUGUCUCCGCGUGGCGUCUUCUAUCUCGUCGCCCUCCACUCAAACGACAUUCCAUCGUUGCUCAAAGAGCACGCCGAGCAAAUGACGGCCAGUGUGUCAAUGGAGCGCAGAUGCGGCAUCGAGCAUUUAUACAUUUUGAAAUUUGUUAAAAAUGACGUUUCCCCUCCCAAAAAUUCCAUUCCUGAUGUUGUUCCCACCGCCCCUCUUGCUGAAAGUGAAUAA